AUGGUGAAUGAAGCUGAUAACAAGUUCACUUGGGUGAUUAAGGAUUUCUCCUCUUUGCAAUCUGAGGCCAUCAUCUCUGAUAGAUUUUUGAUUGGUGGCUACAAAUGGCAUCUUCUUGUUUAUCCAAAACGAACUCACACUAAUUGCUUGAUUCUGGGAGUAGCAACUUUUGAAUCAUUGCCACUUAGAGAGCACGCAAAAUUUUCAGUCAAACUAGUAAAUCAAAUUUCAGAAAAAUCCUCUAUACUGCGAGAAGUAAAGAAGUGGCGGGUUGACCUAGAGGUUCCCUUAUUUGGAGUUCUAAAAUUAAUUACAUUUACCCAACUUCAUUCCAAAGAUAAUGGACUUCUUGUGAAUGAUGAGCUCGAGAUUGUUGGUGAGGUAGAUAUUCUUCAAGCUAUCGAGGGAUCUCAAGAGGCAGCACAACCAAAGAAAAGAAGAAAGAUGGAUGAUUAUGGUACGGGAUCUAGUGACUUGCACAAGGAAACUCGAGUUGGAAACGAAACCGUAGACGUCAAUGGGUUUCAAGUCUCUACAUCACAAGUAGCAUCUGUGAGGUGUAUAUUUGAAAAACACCCAGACUUUGCAUCAAAAGUCCGUUCUAAUAAUCAGCAUCUGAAGUCGUCAUACAUUAAUGUUCUCCUCGGACUAAUUGAAACACUCUGCCAGUUGCCUGAGAAGCUCUCUGAUGAUGAUUUGGAUGAAGCGUCGGCUGCCGUUUCAUACUUAACCCAGGUUGGCUUUAAAGUGGAUUGGUUGGAGGAGAAGCUGGAGGAAGUAAGGGAAAAGAAGACGAAAGUGUACACUGGCAAGGCUCAGCUGCAACACAUGGAGGAAGAGUUUAAGGUACUCAACAAGAAAUGUUUGGAACUUAAAGACCUAGUGGAGAAGCAGAAUGCAGAUGUGACGGCCGCCAAUGUUGCUCUCUCGUUCAGUGAUGUUGUUUGAUGUUUCAAGACUUGUCAUAAACUAACUUCUAGUUUGCUUUUUCUUUACUUGGUAAGCUGGUGUUCUGGUCGUGUCUUGACUCUGAAAUGAUGGUCUCCUACUCUUUCUUUGAACGCCUUUAAGAUAAAAGAAUCUUAUUACUGGAGUUUUUGUAAUGGAUUACACUUGUUUUUCAGUGGAUAAAUGGUUUAAGCUAGGUUACUUGAUGAUAAAGCAACUGCUCUAUGUCUGAACAGAGUGAGGGUAAUUUGACUAAGCCUUUUCUGAUCAACUGAGACAUUUGUUUGAGACACUCAGAGAUUGCAUCUGAUUCAGUACAAAUAAUCCAAACCUUAGGACAUGUUACAUGAGUUUGCUACUUAGUCUGAUUGAUACUCUACUUAGUCCUUUCAACAAGUAUUAAUUUGUU